CGCUCAGUCUGUUCACAGCCUGCUGCAAUCUGCUGUCUCGCACUUCGUCUCCAGCUGGCAGCAUGCAGAUCCUGAGCUGUGCACUCGUCUUGUCCUGCUGCGUUUGGGUAGCUCUUGCUCACAACCAGGUUGGAGAAGAUGCCGCUGAAGCGGGAAGGAGUAAAAGCAUCUGGGAAGAACCCAUCCAGUUUGUUACAAAAACCAAGGACCGAUGCUCUAUGGCACUGACGGGACAUGGGGAGCUGACCAGGCUGCGUGUCUCCUGCAUGGGCCAGGAAGCAUCUUACUGGUGCGAGUAUGAGGGCAAGCCAGACAUUUGCCGCAACUACAACACCAACCCUCGCCACUUCUUCACGCAGAUAAUGUGGGAGCUGCGCAAGUUGAACAAUGCCUGCCAGGGCCCACAAAAACUCAAGCCUACCAUGUGCAAGAAAGCGUCAGAUGAAUCACAGAUGGUCUUCACCACUGGUUCCUCGGCCGCUGUGGUACAGAGACCACUAAAACCACAAACCACACAAACCACAGCUGCCAAGCAGGACCAACCCAAACCUGAGGAAGCCAAGCCUGAAAUGCCUACGAGUGCACCACGUUCUGAUCAAGCCAAGCCAGAACAGAAACCAAAUGGCGCAAGACAAAAGCCAACUAGACAAAAGCCUGCAAAACCUCAACCAACAAGACCUCCACCUGCCAGACCUGCAAAGGCCAAAACAGAACAAGUCAAAGCAGAGCCGGCAAAACCUGUGGCAUCCAAACCAGCGACCAAGACAACAACAUUAAAGAAGGUUUUGGCACCAAAGGCAGCUACACAAGCACCAACUACAACCACUCCAGCACCCACAAGGUCAGCUGAGAACCUGGCACAGCAGUACUGCUGGCAUGGCAUGCAGGACUUCUGCACCAAAGUCAUCGGCUGGUUCACAAAAUAAAAUAAAUCCAGCUGGAGGAAAAAUUUGAAAAUCCUCACACAGUAGCCUGGUGCAGUUCUGUGGAAAGGUGAGAUUCGAUAGAAAACAGAAGAUAUCUGAGUGUGCAGUGUAUGUCAUUAGAAUGGAAGAGAUUUGGAUGGACGUGAGGUGAAGACCCUCCGUAUCGUCAUAUACAGAUGUCAGUUGCACAGACCUUGAUUCCACUCUACCAUGUGUAAAACAACCAAAUGACAUUUACUCUCCAGAUAUGUUUACUAUAAUAAACAGGAGCUUUAUACAUGCUCAGAACCUCAUGUAUCACACGGACAGCACUUCUCUGACAGACAGUUUUUGGGCAUUGUUAUAAAUGUACAGUUAGACCCACCUCCUCAGAGGCUUAGACUAAUUCAGGGGCUCAUUAGAUAGUUUUGUUUUGCUGUAAGAAUUAACCAGAUUACUUUUACUAAAGUAACCAGGUUACUUUACUAACUAGUGUAGAAGAUGCAUACUUCACUGAAUGAUCAACAGUGUAUGAAUGUCUGAAAGUGUGAUGAAUAAAUGUUGACUUUUUUUAAAA